AUGGCGCCGUACGAUGUCGAUGUCUUGGUUACCGAGCUAUUGAAACUUAAAAAGUCGGAUAUAAUAGAUGCUUUAAUUAAUUUUCGGUUGCCGAGCACGGUGAAUAGUGGUGACUUGAAGAGAUAUGUGAAAGAUUUGAGUGAUUUAAAGUCUGCUAAAUGCCCUAAUUGCAAAGAAGACCUGCAUAACCUCACUCUUUUGCCAGUAGAACAGGGAGGCCAAGACGUAUCGCGGAACUCAUCGCUGGAGGUAAUAUAUUUAAAUAAGCUUAUUACUGAAAAAGAUGCUGUUAUAUCUAAUCAGUCAAUUGCAAUUGAUUCGCUAAAAAGACAUAAUAAUUUAUUGGAAAAAUUAGCAAAUAAUUAUGAUGCAUCAAUUUGCGCUCCAACGUCGCCAUCUAGCAGCAAAAUCGAUAAAUCUAAAAACAUAGAUUCGUCUUCGAUAAUUCACGAGCUGGCAAAGAUUCCUGGAUCAGCAAGCCCGCAAAAGACGAUUUCUGCGGUCUCGCAAAACCAGUCGAAAUUUUCGAAAACGCAGAUCGCCGCGUCGAUUCACGAGGCCGAAACAGUAAAAAAAUUCAACGAAUUUAUUCAAUUGGGUUUAGUCGACAACAGCGAUGCUGAACACCAGAUUGGUGAUUGGCAAAUUACGUCAGGUCUCAGGUACAAAACUCGCAGCGAAAAAUCAAAUUACAUCGUUGGCACAGGAGAGAACAAUAUAGCGGGUGCACCCGCUGCGGCUUGCACAGAAGAUUUACACUUUUUCCACGUGUUUAAUAUGCAUCCGACGGUAAAUACGGAAGCCAUGAUGGCAUUUUUGAAACCCAGAUUUCCUGAGGUUACUUGCAAACAACUUGACUCCAGAAGACCUGAAGAAUACUCUUCAUUUAAAAUUGGCAUUUCACAAAAAAAUACGGAGAGUUUUAUGAACCCAAAAUACUGGGCGGCAGGCACGAAAAUAAAUAAGUUUUUCCAUCUACGGAAAAGACCAAUGGCGAGGAAAUAAUCUUCUUCUAGUUUCCGUAGGGCUGAUCACCAGAGAGGAGGGCUCUAGGUUGGAUGAUUUUCUAUCGCUAAUUCGCCUGUUUGGAUUGGAGCCUACUGCUGCUAACUGCUCAGAUAAUAUUAUUCCGACAAAUCUCGGUUUUACAACUUGUUCGUCGGAUCAUGAGGCCCAGACUUUUCAUAUUGUUGAUAUUAUGAUGAAAUAAAAAACGCAAGAAAAUUUUAUACAAAACUACUGGAUUCCUCCUGCGUCGGUUUUUGCUGAGUCGACCUUGCUGACGUUUCGCCAAUUAUUCUGUUAGCUUCUUCAGAGCUUGACUGAAACUGGCUCCCAUUUUACUCCGUACCCGCUUAUAUAUUGUUUGAGGGGGGCGGAGCUAAAUGAGAGGCAUAAACACCGUCUCAGAUAACUGAUUCCCAUAUUGGUGACAGAUGAAGACCUGAGUUGGGGUUAAGAUUGUUAGGUUGUUUAUAUAUAGACUCUCGGAUUUUUCGUGGGUAGAAGAAUUGAUUACAUGCAAGAAUUUUAGUUUUUAGGUUUUAGGUUUAGUGAUUAUGUUCGACAACAGCUCAUGAGUUUAUUUGUCUUUGUGUUCUUUGAGCCUAGUUGUUGGAUAUGCAUGGAAUGCUGUAAACUCCUGGCAUCUCACGGACCGAAGAUGUCGAGAGAUUUGGGACAAUUGGUAAAUCUCGUUUUGACGUUAUACUUCUUUCGAACUUUUGAUAUGUGGUCAGUGAUAUUUUGAACGUAAGUGGCAAGAGUGGGAUUGCGUUCGGCCUCAUUGCUAUUGAAAGGUUGUCGGUGAAGUGUAUUUUUUGAUGGAACCGAUGAUUUUUGGGCCAGAUGGCGGCACAGGUAUCUGUCUGUGUGCGUAGGUUUUCUGUAAACACAUUGAUAAGAACAUCUAAGAAUUGAAGUUUAUUAUUAGUUUCCAACUCAUUGGUAAACGUAUGUUAGGGUGUAUGGAGUUUAAAUGUCUAAAAAAAUUGACUAGGGUUUCUUGCCCAUGAGGCCAAAUAACAAAAGUAUCAUCGACGUAGCAUUUCCAUAAUUUUGGUUUUAGAUGAAAAGUGUCGGGAGCUUUCUUCUCAAAGGCUUCCAUAAAUAUAUUCGCCAUGACUGGUGAUGGUGGAGAACCCAUAGCUGUUCUCGACGUUAUGACACGCAAGCAUUUUUCGAUUAAGGCGGGAGUUUGGUUCCAGAUUCUCUGUUUUUAAUCAAACCUUCUCACCUUAAUCAAAUUUUUGGACAAACGUCGGGGAGAACUAUGGGGUCUCCACUAUCACCAUUGAAUUGGAAACUAAUAAUAACCUUAAAUUCUUAGAUAUUCUUAUCAAUAGAAAAUCAGACCUAACAUUGUGCUUACGGAAAACUUACCCAUACAUACACCUAGACUUGCCACUGCGGUCCUUCUUGGCGGACAUCUUCGGCCAGUCAAAGACAAAAUUCCAUUUGCGGUUCAAAGAACGCGAAGGAGGAGGAUAAAAACAAUUCUUGCAUGUAAUCAAUUCUACUACCCACGAAAAAUCCGAGAGAAAACUCUAAACAACCUAACAAUCUUAACCGCGAAUCAGGUCUUUAUCUGUCAUCAUACGCAGGAGGAAUCCAGAAGUUUUGUAAAAAGUAUUAGACUAGCCUGUGGAAGUAGCUUUGAAAUAUUUACAUUUUUCCAAAAAUUAGAGCGAAGAUUCUGGGCAAUUAACUAACACCGAGAGGUGUAGCACAGGGUAAAUGUAAUUUAACGAAAGAUUUAUGCUUUGGAUGAGAGUCCUGCUAGGCUAUCAGAGUUCAAUUUUCCCUGCUUCCUUCAUUUGAGUUCGAGCAGGAAUGCUGCAAUGUAAUAGUUUUACCAUUAACUGAUAUAUACUAAUAUGUGUUUCCUCACGGGAAUUUUAAUGUGUCUAAAGUUAAUAAAAUCUAUAUUAUCAAUCAUUUAUCCCAAUAGUUUGGAUUUAGAAAGAGGCGCUGCACCACCCAAGCACUAUUACGUAUAGUCGCUGACAUAGUGGAGGGCUUUGAGGGGGAUGAGCAUAGCACCUUAAUGCUGUGUGACCUCUCGAAGGCCUCUCUGUUUGUUUUUAUGUGUGACGUAUUUCGUUGUUGUACGUAUUAUUAUCCUAAUCGUAUGUGUAUUGUAUGUAUGUUUAUGUAUACAUAUGUGUGUAAUUGUAUAUGUGUUUCUCUGCUGGACUUAGAUGUGCUGUAAACAUACUAUGUAUUGUAAUUCAGUCAAAUAAAGAUCUAUCCAUCUUGAUUUUGUGACGGUUGCAACAACUUCUGAUUUUAUCCUUGCCAAUAUUCAGCUCGGAUGGUACAUCUUGAAGGUUUGGAUAUUCUGAUAGAUUUUAAUGACACUGCCAGAUUCGUUGAAAAGAACAUUUAUAGCUGCUGCUUUUCCACGUGUAAUAGGAGCAAACUCUGCAUCCACUUCUCUGCUACCACGAACGAAAUCGCUAGGCAAUCGGUUUGUUUCGAUUUUUUCGUUUAAAGUAUCAAUUUUAAUUCAGUCGUCCCCAAACUGAAGUUUUAAUAUGAAUGACAUUAAUGAUUUCACAAGUGUAAAAUUAUUGCUUUCCAUGGCACACUAGUUUAAUGAAUAAAAAAACAUAAUGAGUCUGUGUAGGUAUUGAAACAAAAUAACGACAAAACUAAAAAUGUAACUUAUAUUCGAAAAUUUUCCCUAAUUUUUGUCAACCCUUAGAAAAACAGUGGCCGGCUAGAUAUGGUUAAAUAAAAGACGC